AUGAGCGACAUCAACACCUUAACAUUUGAAGUCGACCCGAUGAGUUGUUCAGGAUGUACAAAGUCGAUUGAAAAGGCAUUAAAAAAUCUUGGGGGUAUGGAUGAAAUUAACUUUGAUCUUGAAACUAAGAAUGUACGAGUCAAAACCACAAAAUCAUCCCAAGAAAUAAUUGAAGCCAUCGGAAAAACGGGGAAGACGGCCGUAUUGAAAUGA